AGACGAGAAAGAAAGAAAACGCUAGAAUGCAAGUUAAAUUACAAUAAAUGUAUUCAUUGCACAAUAAUAAAGUACGUCUACAUUUGAUAAAUCCAAUUGCAAAACUAGUCCCAGGGUUGCAAAACCUGUGCCAAAAUAAUCAAAUAAUUAAGAGAAGAGUUUAAAUGUUAAACCAAUUAAAAACUAUAAAUAUUAAAAUUAGGGGUAUUAAAGGCAUAAGAGUUUGCAGCAACCUCAAAAAGAAGAAUCAAAAAUCAAGAACAUCAUUUAAUAAUAUCAAUCAGUUUUGGAUUAAAUAAUUCCACUAAUAAAGUAAAAUAAAAUAAAUAAAUGA